AAAAAAAAAAAAAAAAGAAACACAUCAAAAUUAAAUGGGGCCAAUGACCCUUCCCCCAGGAUUUAGGUUCCAUCCAACGGACGAGGAGCUCGUCGCCUACUAUCUUGACCGGAAAAUCAAUGGUGGGAUAAUUGAGCUUGAAGUCAUACCAGAGGUUGACCUCUACAAAUGUGAACCAUGGGAUUUACCUGAAAAAUCUUUAUUGCCCAGCAAGGACAUGGAGUGGUACUUCUACAGCCCACGGGACAGGAAAUACCCAAACGGGUCGAGGACAAAUCGGGCCACCCGUUCGGGCUAUUGGAAGGCCACUGGGAAAGAUCGGGCCGUCCAAUCGCAAAAACGGGCCGUGGGCAUGAAGAAAACGCUGGUGUAUUAUAGGGGCAGAGCGCCCCACGGCAUUCGAACUGAUUGGGUGAUGCAUGAAUAUCGACUCAUCGACUCUACACCUGGGACCUUCGGAUCAUCUCUCAAGGAUUCAUAUGCGUUAUGCCGGGUUUUCAAGAAAAACGUAGUCAUAACCAAGUCUAGCAACAAACAACCACUUGGGCCGGCAGUCUUCGAUCAAGUGAUGUGGGACGAUUACAGUGGUGGGCCCACGCACGAGACGUCACAAAAUCUAAUGGAAAAUCAAAACAUAAACAAGAACCCUUCCGAGGCAUCAUCCUCGGAUCUCACGCAAGGGACACCGAUUGCCGCCAAAGAUGUAGAUUCAACGGCUCAGAUCGCAUCAGAUGAGGUCGAAAGUUCGGCCGAUAAGUUCUACUGUCAUGGCAAUAAUACCCAAAACUUAUCAAAUUUCAUCCAGGAUUACACGGGACUGAUUUACGAGACCGGGUAUCCACCUCUGGCCCUGGAGGACUUUCCACAAAUGGAUCUUAUAACAGAGGAAAAUCCUAAACAAGAAUACUUGAUGAGCUAUGAGAAGUUGAGAGAAUGUGUUAAUGGGACAGCAAGUUUGGAAGAGAUUUAUUACUUAUGUUCUUCACACGACAACAUGUUGUGUCCAAGUUAUGCGGGAUCCAACUGAUCAGAUAGCUUUUGGAAAAUAUAUAUUAUAGUAUACACACACAAGGCAUACAGAUUUUACAUUGACAGCUCAUAACAUCUAUUUUUUUUUUGUUUUUUUUUAUGAUAUAUAUGUAAUGAGAUUGAAGAGUCAAGUUCUGAUUAUAUAUAAUUUAUUUUCUCUUUUUAGGGGGGUAACGGUGAGGUAAUUAAUUUGUUUAAUCAUGUCUAGCUUUUUGGCUAGCGAGUGAGGUGGUUUUAUUUCUCUGUGAUGUAUACCAAGUCAUUGAUUAUUAUGAAAUGGCUUAUUUCCAGUGUCAUGAUUUUAUAGAAUUUGGUGGUGUUUGUGUAAAUUUUAUGAAAUGGCUGGUUCUAGUGUCAAACACUUG